GGCCACAGCUUGCCAAUUCCCCCACUGUGAUAGUGAUGGUUGGCCUCCCAGCCCGUGGGAAGACCUACAUCUCCAAGAAGCUGACUCGCUACCUCAACUGGAUUGGUGUCCCAACAAAAGUUUUCAACGUGGGCGAGUAUCGCCGUGAGGCUGUGAAGCAUUACAGCUCCUAUGACUUCUUCCGCCCCGACAAUGAGGAGGCCAUGAAAGUCAGGAGGCAAUGUGCCCUGGCUGCCUUGAGGGACGUCAAGCUGUACCUGACGGAGGAGGCUGGCCAGAUUGCGGUUUUUGAUGCCACCAAUACCACGCGGGAGAGGAGAGGGAUGAUCCUAAACUUUGCCAAAGAAAACGGGUUCAAGGUGUUCUUCAUUGAAUCUGUCUGCAAUGAUCCCACAGUAGUUGCCACCAAUGUUAUGGAAGUAAAAUUGUCCAGCCCUGAUUACCGGGACUGUAAUUCGACCGAUGCCAUGGAGGACUUCAUGAAGAGGAUCAAUUGUUACCAAGCCAGCUACCAGCCGCUCGACCCUGAUGACUAUGACCGGGAGCUUUCUCUCAUCAAAGUCAUAGACGUUGGCCGGCGGUUCCUGGUCAACAGGGUUCAGGAUCACAUCCAGAGCAGGAUCGUUUACUACCUGAUGAACAUCCAUGUCCAGCCCCGCACCAUCUAUCUCUGUCGGCAUGGUGAAAGUGAGUUCAACCUCAAGGGGAAGAUUGGAGGUGACUCGGGCCUCUCCAACAGGGGCAAGAAGUUUGCACUGGCACUGAACAAAUUCGUUGAGGAGCAGAACCUGAAGGACCUCAAAGUCUGGACCAGCCAGCUAAAGAGGACAAUCCAAACGGCAGAAGCUCUCCAACUGCCCUAUGAGCAGUGGAAGGCACUUAAUGAAAUAGAUGCUGGUGUAUGUGAAGAAAUGACGUAUGAAGAAAUCAGGGAGCAGCAUCCAGAGGAAUUUGCUUUACGUGAUCAGGAUAAAUAUUACUACCGCUACCCUUCUGGGGAGUCCUACCAAGAUCUGGUGCAGCGCCUAGAGCCAGUCAUCAUGGAGCUGGAGAGACAAGAGAACGUCCUUGUGAUCUGUCACCAGGCUGUCAUGCGCUGUCUCCUGGCGUACUUCCUGGACAAGAGUGCAGAUGAAAUGCCCUACCUGAAGUGUCCCCUUCACACAGUGUUGAAGCUGACCCCAGUGGCCUAUGGCUGCCGGGUGGAGUCCAUCUCGCUGAACAUCGAAGCCGUCAACACCCACAGGGAGCGGCCAGAGGAAGCAAAGAAGGGACCUAACCCGCUCAUGAGACGUAAUAGCGUUACCCCUCUAGCAAGCCCAGAGCCCACCAAAAAACCUCGCAUCAACAGCUUUGAGGAGCAUGUGGCUGUUUCUUCUGCCUUGCCAGGCUGUGUUCCUCAGGAAGUGCCCACGCAGCUGCCGGGACAAAACCUGAACAACUCGCAGAAACCGUCGUGACUCCGUUGGCGCUGUCGCGAGGCCACCGGCGACGCCAGCUUCCCAUCCCAUCGCCACUUCCGAAGCUUGCUUAUAAACCGGUCUCCUCCGUCUACGGCGAGGUCGACCCUCGGCUGUUUCUUCCCGCGCCCGUUCCUCUGC